AAACUGUAUUAUCAGCCAACAUGCGGUCCAAAGCCUGCUGUCUCUCUGAUGGCCUGGGAAUUUGCAUCAACGCACUCCGAUCUCGCUGCUCAUAUGCGCGGGUUGAAUGGGUCCUGGUCCAACCACUUCAUCGUCUACUUCUCUUGGGAGAGGGGUGGGUCUGGCAACACCUCCUUUCUCGCUCAGGCAGCCAAACUGAGCCAAUACAGAGGCUCCACUGACUAAAGUUAUCAGAUGAUCUGAUUAGAUCCUAUCUCGUACAAUUAUCGCGGCCGCCAGGCACCCCUCAAUUUCCCCUCGUUCUCCUCUCAGCCAUUGCCGCCGCCAGCAUUCGUCCUGGCUCUGCUGCAACCGCUUCGCAUCCGGCAGCCAUGAACCGCGCAGAGCCGUGCCGACGAAUGCAGGGUGCUAUGCAAGAUGCACUGCCAAUAUUUUUGCGCGCCCUCUGCAAGACGGGGCUUACCGCGCUCAGCGACGACGACGACGACGACGACCUCAACUGGAGGAAUGACCCAGAGAAAGUGGAGUACAUCCAACAGCUCCUCGACUUGCUUUAUGAGUCCCGGGCGAUCAUCCGCUGUUACAAUGUCGUCCUCGUCCUGAUCGUGUUGGCGCUGGCGGUGUGGCACUGGGCGGAAACACGAAGCGACGAAAGGAAGUGGCGGCGACUGAUGAGGCAGCCACCGGGAGGCGACACCUCUGAUGGAACGGCAUCUACCCCGGCUGGGCUUCUGUCGAGCAUCGCUAUCGCCGGAACCGCAACUCCGCCUCCCGAUGCCAAGGACAAUAUCGACAUCGAGAGGAUUCCCCUGUUGACCCGACACGGCCAGAACCGGACAACAGCGAAGCCGCGGAUGGGAGCCAGAAUCAGUAGGGCGGUGAGGUGUUGGCUUACACGGCAACCGGCUCCCCUACCCGUCAUCAACAGGACUCUGCCCUCCAACGGCACGUCGCUCUUUAUCCUCGCCUGGCUGGCCAUCAACGUCUUCUUCCACCUGUACCACCUCCCGAUGAGGUCCGACUUCUUCUUCAUCUUCGCCGACCGCACCGGCUGCGUCUUCGCCGUCAACCUGCCCCUGCUCUACCUCCUCAGCGCCAAGAACCAGCCGCUACGCCGGCUGACGGGCUACUCCUACGAGGCCCUCAACAUCUUCCACCGCCGCGUCGGCGAGCUGCUCUGCUUCGAGGCCGCCCUGCACUUUGUCAGCAUGCUCCUCUGGCAGUUCCUGCUCGCGCGCGAGUGGCUGAUCGCCUCGCGCUCCGCCUACGUCUACUUCACGCACCCCAUCAUCCUCUGCGGCAUCGGCGCCCUCGUCUGCUACGAGCUCCUCUUCUUCACCUCGCUUGCCUCCUUCCGCCAACGGUGGUACGAGCUCUUCCUCGCCAGCCACGUCCUCCUGCAGGCCCUGGGCCUCGUCCUCCUCUGGUUCCACUACCCGACCGCCCGGCCCUACGCCGCCGCCGCCCUGCUCAUCUUCCUCGCCGACCGUCUCGUCUGGCGCCUCGGCCUCAAGAGCGCCCGCGUCCAGGCGGACCUGCGCCCCCUCGAUGGCGACACGCUGAUCUUGGAGGCCCGCUGGGACAUAUUACCCCCGCCCUCCCCGCCGCGCCGGUCUUGCCGCUGGUGGCGGAGUCCAUCUUUCCUCGCCCGCCAGACGGUGCUCCACGGCUGGCACCCGACCGACCACGUCUUCCUAACCGUCCCUGCCCUGUCGCCCCUGCAGGCGCACCCCUUUACCAUCGCCUCCGCGGCGCCGGGGAGGCCCCACGAGGAGCUGCGCCGGGGGACAAGCACAAAACAAGAACUAGAAGGAGUAGAUGGAGAAGGAGAAGGAUCUCCGGAAGGAGGGCAAACACCAACCGCCUACCCCAUUCCCCCCAUUCCCACCACCGCCGCCGCCGUGACCCCGCGGCCGGCGCGGCUGACGCUCCUGAUCCGCGCCUACGCGGGCUUCACACGGGACCUGCUGCACCUCUCGCGGCAGGCCGGGCGCGUGUCGGCGCGGGUGGACGGGCCGUACGGCUCGCCGCACGCGCUGGGCAUGCUGCGGGCGAGCGGGAGCGCGGUGCUCGUCGCGGGGGGCAGCGGGAUCGCGGUGGCGCUGCCGCUCGUCUGGGCGCUGCUUCCUCCCGGCUCCGGCCCCGGCUCCGGCGGGGGCGGCCAUCGGGACGAGGACAGGGAGGACCGGACGGUGCGCCUGCUCUGGGUGACGCACGCGCGCGAGCAUCGCGAGUGGGUGCUGCCGCGGCGCGGGGAGCUGGACGAGUGCGUCCGGCGGGGGCUGGACCUGGUGAUUCCCGAGCCGACGGCCGAGGCCGGGCGCCCGGACGUGGUCGGCAUGGUCCAAGGGUGGAUCGAGGCCGCCGCCGCCGAGGGGAGGGAGGUCGGCGUGGUCGUGUCCGGGCCGGACGGGCUGAACCGGGCGGUGAGGAACGCGUGUGCGGACGCUAUCGGGAAGGGGAAGAAGGUGCGGGUGGCGGUGGAGAAGUUUGGAUGGUGAUUAAUUAAUAUUACACCGAUUUGAUACAAUAGAGAGGCAUUUGUGUUGGGGGGAGGGAUAUUGAAUAAUUAUUAGACAAGAUCAUAACGGCAUUUUUGGCACAGCACCACGAGCAACGAAUAGAGUAUACGGACAGACAGAAGCGAGCCGACUACGAGCCAUACGAAUCAAUCUU